AUGAAUCCACAAUUCUGCCGCCCAUUUGUUAUGAGACCCAAGCUUGUCCCUGUUGUUGUUAGACCCACUGUUCCAGCUGAUUACAGAACAUUUGAUCCACCUUCUCCUACAUAUAACAUUCCUCUGUUUCCCAUCCCUCUUACUGCUGAUGCUGCCCUAACAACACGAAAAACCAGAUGGGAACUAGAAAAGCUGGGCAGUCCUACUGAUGGUUGGACUAAGGAGUUGUUCUUUGAGCUUGCAGCACAGAAGAACGGUAUCAGAAUUGGAAAAGAGCAGAAUAAAGGUGAUAGAAAUUACUGUAUGUGUUUGGUCCACCGUUGUUUGGUCAAACCUCUUCUAUAAGCUACCUCUAAGAAAUGGCCACAAGGUGUUUUCCUGAUCACCAUUUAUUUUUUUUUAGAUUUCAACCAUGGUUGCAACUUAGUUGUUGUUAAAGUUGUUGUUUUUCCUCAAUUUGAUUCCAUUCUUUUAAAUCAUAGAAAUGAUGCCUCACUAUUACUUUGGCUUCCCUACAGCUUGAAGGUCCACUUGAAUUUUCAUUUUAUAAUGUGUGAUGGUGCCUGCAAGGAGCUACAGUGUAUUAGAAGUACUUUUUAUAUUGUUAGAAAUGACUCCUGGGUUCAAACCUUUCACAGGUUAAUACACAGUAAUGAUAUAAUUUUUUGUCCUGCAAAGUACAUGUACUGUUGGUUAAUAAUGGUUCACUUACCAUAGGACUUUAUCUCUCCUUGACAGCUGGAGCAACAGCAAAGCAGAGUGGUUCUCUGGAGGACUUUAAAAAGAUUGCUGAGAAAAAUGGAAUAACUGUUUGCCCAGCAGGUAAUGAAAUACUUAGAAAAACCUAGAGGUGUGAUAUUAUUACAGUUGUACUUGGAUAUUCUAUAAAAUUAAAAUUGGAGAUGAUCAUUUAUACGAGGUACAUGUACAUCACACAUGAUCUGAGCCUAUUUGUGGCUCUCUUUGGCCAUUAUUGAAAACAUAUAAAAGGAUUGUAACUUGUCAGCUUUUCAUCCAAAAAUGAACUUAAAAUCUACCUCUUCUUAUUACUGGAGCCAAGUAUUUUUGAGGGAAAAAAAGAUACUUGUUAAUGAAUUUUACAAGCCUUAUAACAAGAAUUACACCUGCGGAAGUUACUGGCUAUAGACCUCUUUAGCUUGUAUGUUUUGUUUUCCCAGUACAGGUCAUGUGUUAAUACUCUAGAGAACUAUUUCUUUCAAAUUUUGUUUCAUUCACAUGCAUAUGUGUGCAUAAUUUAUGAAAAGACAAGGGUCAAGUUCCCCUGAGACCUCUAUUGGGAAAGCAAAACAUACAAGGUGUAGAGGUCCACUGUCACCAGCCAGUGUUUUUUCCUUAUUGCGUCAGCUCCACUAUCUAAUGUUUCUAUUUACUGGGUAAAAUGUCCAGUGGUUGUUAUUGGAACUGGAAGGCAUUAUUAUAAGAUAAUAGGGAUUCAGAGAAUUUUUCAGGUAGACUCUUGAUCUGCAGUUUUGUUGCAUGUUUCUCAGUUUAGCCAGCGUGCAAAGAAAGUAGUAUCUGAUAGCCCGGGGCUAGUGGAUUUUGCUAUCGGGCUAGUGAAUUCUGUUUUUAACUUGCCCGACGGGCAAGAGAUAUUUUUUUAGGAAUUCGAAUGACAGAAGAACUGUAGUCAAUCCUGCUCAUCAAAUUUUUUUUCGGGCUAGUUGAAAUGACUUUUGGGCUAGUACAUGUUAGCUACAGCUUGCCCGAAUGGCAAGCUGUAAAACUGACUUUCUUUGCACCCUGGUUUAGCUCUUGUUAAAUGAAAGAGUUUCCAGUUUGGCAUGUGCAUGCUAGAGCAAACAGUGCAAUCUUAGUUGCCCUAUAAACGAACUAAUGUAUUCCUGUUCUAUAAUACCAGCAGGUUCAAAAGAUAAAUUAGCAGUCACUAGUGCACAUAGUUCAGUGGUGAACAGUACAUCAGAUGCCAUUGGGGGAGAUGAA